CUGCGUGUGUUUUCUCACUGGAUAUUUACUGUGCUUUGGAUUACUGUUUUCAAUUUGUGAAAUACCUAAAGGAUUACAUUGUGCAAUUGAAAUUGCUUGCAACUUCGAAGAAUUAUUUGGAUACCUUUAAGCAAAGGGCUGUGGGGCGGCCAUGCAGCGCGCCCGCCGGCUGCCCGUGAGUGCCCUCAACCCGCACUUCACGUGCGUGCUCUGUGAAGGAUACAUCAUCGAUGCGACCACCAUCACAGAGUGCGUGCACUCCUUUUGUCGAACGUGUAUUGUGAGGUACUUGGAACACAACAAGUACUGCCCAGUCUGUGAUGCACAGGUACACGAGACGAAGCCAUUACAAGGCAUUAGGUUUGACCAAACUCUACAAGAUAUUGUAUAUAAAUUAAUUCCUGGGCUAUAUCAAAAUGAAAUGCAAAGGCGGAAACAGUUUUAUGCAGAGCACCCCGAAGCCGCCGUGCAUUGUACUUCCGAGGAACGUGGCGAGGGGGCGGAGCAGAAGUUCUUCUAUUCCCCAGACGAGACCAUCAGCCUCACUCUGGAACACCGCAGCGGAUCUAAAGACGGUGUGGUGGAUGAAUCUUCUGAGACACCUCCCGGCGAAAAGAAUGCCACGACUCGGCAUUUGAAUUGCCCAGCAGCUCUCGCCGUUUCUCAGUUGAAAAAAUUCAUCAGCAUGAAGUUCAGUCUUCCACAUACGUACCAGGUUGAAAUCAUGUACGCUGACCAUGUGCUGAGGGACGACGACACUUUAAUGGACAUAGCUUAUAUUUAUGCUUGGAAAAGGGCUGGACCUAUGAAAUUCCAUUAUAACGUAACACAGCGCAUUCCCAGAAAGUGGGAGAAGUUGAUUCCAAAGAUAUCAAAACCUAUGGUCAUCACCGAACCAGAGCCUAAGCAGACGAUUCCGAGUAUCCCAUCCGUGUGCAGUGAAAUUCCAGAAAAAGCAGAGGGGACGCAGCAAAACGAGCUUGAAAAAAUGGAGGUUGACGAAACGCCUGCUGAGAUAAACCAAUGUUCUGUCGAACUAGAAAGGAUUUCUCCCUCGAAUGACAAGCCUAUUACGAACUGCGAUCAUCCCGCAACUGGAAUCAAAUCAUCUUCCAUGGAAACAAAUCAGAAAAUGGAAAUUUCUGAGCCAGUGAAUGUAGUUUCCACCACCAGUGCUAGUCCUAGUGCAAAACCGUCUCUUAGUACAAAUGGGCCAAUGUCUUAUGGAACCGUGAAAUUGGUUUCAACGUCUGACACUAACACUAUUUUAUCUACGUCAAAUGGUGUCAGAUUAAAACUGAUUCAUCCUCCUCAUACGAACCCCAGGGGUAGACCUAGAAAGUCCAAGAAAAAGAGUAAAGCUGCACCAAUCCAGAAACUGGCUCGACUUGCUCCUUAUCCCCCUCCUAGUACUCCUGUUCCUCUAGCCGCCGCACCAAUGCCCCAUUUGCAGUCACUGACAGUUGGGAAAUUGGUACCCUCUGUGAUGACUAGUCUAGCUCCAGCCUUGGUGACUACUCUUGUGUCUUCAACGGCAAACACGUUGUGCAAUGUUUCGAGAAAUACUUUUAUGCCACAGGUAGCCCCUUAUAUGAAUCAAACGAACGCGAGCACGGUAACUAAGACAGUUGAAAAUACCUUUGUUCCCACAGUUUUAUCAAAUGGUUUGCCUGAGAAUAGUAUUCAACAGUCUUCCACAUUUGCUGGUCAAACUGCUUGUCAACCAAUCACUUGUCAAUCAAAUGUAAAUAGCUUAUCUAAUCAUCACACAUUAGUCGCUAUUCCACCUGUAAAUAGCUCUGUGAUUUCUCUGCCACAAGUGUCAAGUUCUAUUGUUACCGUUGACAAUAAUGCUUCCUCAAAAGAAGAGCCAACCCCAAGCAAAAAUGUUACAAGUGAAGGUACUGCACCAACAUCAGAUGUUAGUCCAUCUCCCGAUUGCAUUGAAGUUGAUUCGUCGGAAAAAAGUGACUCUGUCUGUGGAAAAGAUUCGUUAUGUGAUAAUUCUGUUUCUACUACAGAUGCCGUUACUGAACUUAAAUCGGACAUUCAAACUUCCAAUUCGAGCUCAGUGCAGGUAUCUUUACCUUCGUCUUCUGAUUCAGAGGAAAAGAAUGUUUCUAUUCAGCAAAGUGUUUCGUCCGUCGACAGUUCCAGUAAGAUGGAAUGCGAAACGAUUGCGAAUAGUAUCCCAACUUCAAGUUCUGAACUAACUAAAACUGCUAAACCGAUUUCCGUAGAAACUUCUUCCGUUAGUACGGAGGUAAAAUUGAAUGGCGCUGUUUGCAACGGCGUCCAGUCUCCUCCGAUCAAUCCAUCAAUCUCACAGCCUAUGUUUUGCAAGUCGUUUUCAAUGGACAGGAAGGCAACUGAAGCAUACGAAACCAGUGUAAAGAAUUCGAUAUCUGCUGAAUUUAGUGACAACGAUGAUCUGGGUUGCCAACCAGACUUAGUGGUUGAUGAACAAAAAAUGGACAGUUCAGAUAACGAAGACGAUGCCGAUACUGCUCUGCGGAAAAAGAUCAAGGCCAUUGCCGAGAAGGAAGACGAAGCAGAUGUAACAGAUGACACAGAAGCUGAUAGUGGGAGAGCAAGUGAUAUUAGCAGUCAAGCUAGGUCCAGUUGCGAUGACGAUAUUGGUUCACCUGCUGCUCCUGUUGUGUCCACGUCCACGAACGAUGUUGUGAUGACGAGUUCGUCGUCGACCCAGCUGCUUUCCUUCACUGCUCCAGUUACCACCACGUCGUCAGUAGUCACUCCCGCCCCUUCCGAAGAAUCUCAUCGUCCUGCAAAGGCGAGCAGCUUGAAUGACGUGAUUGACAAUUUAUAUCGUCAAAAGAAAGACACCUUGGGUGCUCUGGACUUAUCCACGUGCGCUCGAAAAGCCGGUGAAACGCCAAGCUCUCGCCCGAAAGCAGUUGCGAAUCCGGUUCUGGACAUCAAACACAGGCAGCAAGCGUAUCUUCCAGCUCCCAACAAGCAGCACACUGCCUGCCCUCCUGCUCCUAAGCAUCCCACUUCCCCUUCGUUGUUGAUGCACCACCUCAGCGUCCACCACCACAACAUGAUGGCCGCUCAGCAGAUGGCUCAGCACGGGAAGGGCCCUCAUCUCCAAGUUCCUCUGCACUGCAACAACAUGGUGUAUCCUAGUCCCCCCAGGUCUUCGCCCUCUUCCGUUCCGGCGAAAGCCACGCCUACCUACAACAACAGCCACACUGUAGUACCACCACCAGUGCCUACAGCCCACCAAGGCAUGGUUCCUUUCCUACCGAGUUCUUUCCUCCAAUACAACUCAGCCAUGCUGAACUCCUUCGCCAAAGGAAACAUCGCCCCCUUGCCCCUGCCUGGGCGAUCCACGCCGAAGACCGUGCAGUCGUCGCCACCCCCCAGCUUCAACCUGAGCAAAUCCCCCAGCUCCAUGCCCCACUAUGGAAAGCAGUCUUCUCCUUCCAUGUCCAGCCAUCGCAAAUCCUCGAGCACCACGGACUCUCACAUCAACAAAUCGCCCCUGAGUCGGGGGAGCCCCAGGUCGCCCCCGGUCAUCCAGGUCUCGCAUCCGAGAGCUUCUCCGACCCUGAUGAGAAUGCUCACUCAACACAGGUCAGCAUCACCCGCGCCCUGCCCAAAACCCAUUCAGACGACAACGGCCCAGUCCACCCCUGUCACUUCCACGUCAUCCUCCUCAUCUUCGUCGUACAAACCGAGUUCGUCUAUUCCUAUAUACAAGAAAGCGGACAGUUUUAAAAAUUACACUAGUAAAUUCCGGGGCAGCAACUUGACCGUGUAUAAUCCCGAUCCGAACGGAUAUCGACAGAAAAUAGUCAUUAAGAACUUGGACAUAAAAACAUGGAAUAAAAAUCAUUCGUCAAAACAUAAUACAUAUCAUGCAUACAAAACCGUGAAACAAGACUUUUUUCCAGAUUAA